CAGGCUCUCCAGUUCUCCAGAGCUGCCAGCGGCUAGGACAACCAUGACGAGCAGCUCCCGAAGCAGCCAUCGCCUCCUGCUGGAGAACGCACAGCAAGUGGUUCUGGUGUGCGCUCACGGCGAGCGCUUCCUGACCGGGUCUGCGCUGCGCAGCCUGGCGGUGCUGGAGGGCGCCAGCCUGGUGGUGGGCACCGAUGGGCUUAUAAAAGCUGUCGGCCCCGCUGACGUCAUCCAGAGACAGUUUUUCGGAGAAACUUUUGAAGAAAGGAUUGAUUGCUCUGGGAAAUGCGUCUUGCCAGGUUUGGUGGACGCACAUACACAUCCAGUGUGGGCAGGUGAAAGAGUCCAUGAGUUCGCAAUGAAGUUGGCAGGGGCCUCGUACAUGGACAUUCACCAGGCUGGAGGAGGGAUCAACUUCACGGUGGAGCACACUCGCCAAGCCUCGGAGGAGGACCUGUUCUGCUCCUUCCAGCAGCGGCUGCAGUGCAUGAUGCGGACCGGCACCACGCUGGUGGAGUGCAAGAGCGGAUACGGCCUCAACCUGGAGACAGAGCUCAAGAUGCUGCGUGUAAUCGAGCGCGCCCGGCGGGAGCUGCACCUCACCCUCUCUGCCACUUACUGUGGGGCUCACUCAGUACCCAAAGGGAAAACUGCCCUGGAAGCUGCUGAGGACAUCAUCAGUCACCACCUGCCAAGGCUGAAGGAACUCAUCAAGAAGGGGGAACUACAUGUCGACAACAUAGAUGUGUUCUGUGAGAAGGGUGUCUUUGACCUGGAUACUACUAGAAAGAUUCUGGAAAGUGGAAAAAAGUUGGGAUUACAGAUCAACUUCCAUGGGGAUGAACUCCACCCAAUGAAGGCUGCCGAGCUUGGGGCUGAGCUAGGGGCACAGGCCAUCAGCCACCUGGAGGAAGUCAGCGAUGAAGGCAUCGCUGCCAUGGCUGCGGCUCGGUGUUCUGCUGUCCUUCUGCCCACCACGGCCUACAUGCUGAGGCUGAGGCAGCCUCGCGCCAGGAAGAUGUUAGAUGAGGGAGUCAUAGUUGCUCUGGGCAGCGAUUUCAACCCCAAUGCAUACUGCUUUUCCAUGCCGAUGGUCAUGCACUUGGCCUGUGUGAACAUGAGACUGUCCAUGCCCGAGGCCUUGGCCGCUGCCACCAUCAACGCGGCUUAUGCACUGGGAAAAUCUCACACCCAUGGAUCUUUGGAAGCUGGCAAGCAGGGGGAUGCCAUCAUCAUCAACGCAUCCAGAUGGGAGCAUUUGAUUUACCAGUUUGGAGCGCAUCAUGAAUUAAUUGAUUAUGUUAUAGUUAAAGGAAAAGUCAUCUAUAAAAAGUGAUAGAUCUGGACCAAUGAUACGUCUCAGUGCGACAAGUCUGUCACCAAACCCAAUGGCCUGAGUUCGAUCCUGGGGCUCACGUGGUAAAAGGAAAGAAUGCCGAAGAGUUACCCUCUGACCUCCACAUACUCACCUGCUGUUUGCCAGACCCCUCCUUGCCUUCGCAUAAAUAAAUGUAAUAAGAUAAAAAUAUAUUUU